GGCAGGGGCAGUCCUAGCGCCGUCCGCCGCUCGCCGCUCCGUGACUCCGGCGGAUGGGAUGCCCCGCUAAGCUCGAGGCUGCGUGUUCUCAGAGGCGCUUUGCUGGCCCCACGCCACCCUCAGAUAAGCUGUCUUGAAAAAAAUCCAUUUCUCUUUAGCCAGACCAAGAUGGAAGCUCCACUGGUGAAUCUGGAUGAAGAGUUUGAAGAUCUGAGACCUUGCUACUCUGAUGGCAGAGAAGAAAAAAAACAUUGUUUUUAUGGCUCAUCCCCUCAGCAUUUAGAAGAUGCCUCCCUUUCUGAGCUUGAAAACUUCUCUUCUGAGAUCAUCAGCUUCAAGUCUAUGGAAGACUUGGUGAAUGAAUUUGAUGAGAAGCUCAAUGUCUGCUUUCGGAAUUACAAUGCCAAAACUGAGAACCUGGCUCCUGUAAAAAAUCAUCUCCAGAUACAAGAGGAGGAAGAGAAUCUUCAGGAUGAGGAGGUUUGGGAUGCUCUAACAGAUAACUACAUCCCAUCAAUCACUGAGGACUGGAGGGACCCCAAUAUUGAGGCACUGAAUGGCAAUGUUUCUGACUCAGAGAUCCAUGAGAAGGAGGAGGAGGAGCUCAAUGAGAAGAGUGAAAAUGAUUCUGGUAUUAAUGAGGAGCCUCUACUCACAGCAGAUCAGGUAAUUGAAGAAAUUGAGGAGAUGAUGCAAAACUCCCCAGACCCUGAAGAGGAAGAAGAGAUCUUGGAGGAGGAUGAUGGAGGAGAAACUUCAUCUCAGGCCGAUUCAGUUCUUUUGCAGGAAAUGCAGAAUUUGACACAGACCUUUAACAACAAUUGGUCCUAUGAAGGUUUGGAAGAAAUGUCAUUUUCUGAGCUGUCAGAGCUCCUGGAUCGUGUUGAGGGUGCUAUACGUGACUAUUCAGAGGAGCUGGUGCAGCAGCUGGCCCGGCGAGAUGAGCUGGAGUUUGAGAAAGAGGUGAAAAACUCCUUCAUCACAGUGUUGAUUGAAGUACAGAACAAGCAGAAAGAACACAGAGAGAUGAUGAAAAGGAGGAGGAAAGAAAAAGGGCUAAGUCUGCAGAGCAGUCGAAUUGAAAGAAGCAACCAAAUGCCUCUCAAGCGAUUCAGCAUGGAAGGAAUAUCGAAUAUCUUGCAGACUGGUAUUCGGCAGACAUUUGGGAACCCAGGGAAUGAUAAACAGUAUUUGAACACGGUUAUUCCAUAUGAGAAGAAAAGUUCACCUCCUUCUGUUGAGGAUCUACAGAUGCUGACAAACAUUCUUUUUGCAAUGAAGGAGGAUAACGAAAAGGUCCCUACAUUGCUAACGGAUUACAUUUUAAAAGUACUCUGCCCUACCUAAUCUACCUGUGGAACUGCAACUCUACAAGAAACAAGGCCAGAAUCAUUCCAUCACAGGGACUGCAUGAUUCAAUGUAAACUCUAACACAUGUAUUUUAAAAUGUAUAGCAUUAACCACAAUUAAACAUGAGCAAAAAAAGUUCAUUUGCUGUCAGCUUCUAGUCUGAGUACUCAUUAAAUGCAUGAGUGAAGACAGGUACUGCUAAUUUUUCUCUUUGCUUCUUACCAUAGUGAAGAGACAGUACUUCACCAUGCACUAUGUAUUCUCUUGGUUCAGCUUCCUGAAACACUUCAUACUAUGACACUAAUUUUGAAAUAUUGAAAAUAAACUUGCAUUUAAUUAAAA